UCAGUUGGGAGAAACUCUCUGGUCUCGCGGUUGUGCGCGCGUGGAAGAAGAAAUCCCUUUCUUCUUUAUUAAAAACACUUUAUGUUGAAUGAUGAGGGGACUGUCUCGUGACGCCUUGCUGCUGUCCUUUGCACGUGUCUGUUUCCUCUGCAGUUUUUUGGACGGAGCUCGCGCUCAGGAGGCUGCGGGUGACGGUGCCGCGCUCCGGCGGGGGUUGACAUGGCAACAUAACGGGCAGGUUUUCAGCAUCCUGAGCCGCGGCGCUCAGUACCGGCCGUCCGGCAGGAGGCAGAGCGGCUCGGCCCGCCGCAGUGACCCGGUGCUGGUCCUCAGCAGCGGGAACGACACUGUCCCCGCCGCGUCCCGGGGCGCCCCGCGGCUCCCCGCAGCCAGCAGCGGCGCGCAAUUACGCGCGGCGAUGCGCCAGCAGCAACCGACGGGCGGCAGCGGCGGGGACUCUGUCCCGGUGAGACGGGAGGACAUGAUGGUCGGAGACGAUCCGUACAACCCGUACAAGCCCUCCAACUACUACCCGUACUACAACUACUACAACUCGUACUACAGACCCAGAACCUGGACGCAGCCGCGGCACGGGUACGGGACCAGCUACCACCAGCACGGUCUCCCUGAUCUGGUUCCUGAUCCGUACUACAUCCAGAUCGCCACCUACGUCCAGAGGAUGGCCAUGUACAACCUGCGCUGCGCCGCCGAGGAGAACUGCCUCGCCUC